UUCAAAUUACCCCCAGCUCCUAAAAUUAUCUUUCCAAAAAGGCCACUUUACCAACCUAAACUCAACAUGCCUCCUAGAAGACAAAAUCCUCCUCGUCAAUGAGUUGUUCGAGACGUAGAGAUGGAAGAAUUAUGUCAACAAAUUCAAAGGCUUCAAGAGAGACUCGAAGCGUUUGAGGGUCAACAAGCUCAACACCCACCAGAUGAACCACACAAGUCAGAGGAAGAUACUGACAAUGAGAAUCCCUUCCAUCACCUAAAGAAUAAUGAAAGCUCAUCAUCAAUAGAAAGAGUUUGUUGUCGACAUCCCCAACAAAAUGUUGCUCCCAAAUCCACUAACCUUAGCAUCAACAUCGAUAUUUCAGAUUUUGAAGGUUGCCUUCAACAAGAUGAAUUUAUUGAUUGGUUACACACUGUGGAACCUGUGUUUGAACUCAAGGAUAUUCCUGACCACAAGCGUGUGAAACUCAUCGCCAUCAAAUUGAAAAAACAUGCAUCCAUUUGGUGGGAGAAUCUCAAACGUGGUAGCCAAGGGACCCAAGCCUCAAACAUUGUUGCUGAGACACCUGCCAAAGUUGAGAAGGAAGCUAGUUCAAGCCAUCCAGCCCAACCUAACACUCAAAAGUGUUUCAAGUGUCAAGGAUUUGGCCACAUUCCUCCGACUGUCCCAAUAGGAGAAUUAUCACCAUUAUCGGAAAAGAGAUUCAUGAAGUCUCAGAUGGUGAAGCAGAAAAGGAGCAUAGUGAUGAAACUAAGCCACAACUUGAGGAAGCACUCAUCGCAGUUGACCAUGGAUAAUCUUUGGUUUUAUAUGGUUGAGAAGCUAGGACUGCUAGUCAAAGAUCUUUCCCAUCCAUACAAGCUACAAUGGCUACAAAAUGGAAAUGAGCAAUUUGACAAAAAGGCUAUCCAUGAUGGCCAUGCCAACACCUACUUGUUUGUGAAAAAUGGUGUGCAAAUCAAGCUCACUCUCCUGAAGCCUAAAGAUUUACUUGAAAAGAAGGAUGAGGACAAGGCCUUAAUCUCUAGAUCAACCUUUCAGAAGUUGCAUCAAGAAUCGAGGAUAGCUUGUCUCUUACUAUUAUCUAAAGUGAAUGAUGCCACUUCCCCUUCUCUAGAGGAAAUUCGAUCUCUCCUUGAAGAAUUUUCUAAUGUUGUCCCUGACGAGAUCCCUCAUGGAUUACCGAUCAUAAGGAUUGAUCUCAAACUUGAGGACGAGUUUUCUCCAACCAAGGGAGAAUGCACCAAGAAAAAUGCAGCAAGCAUGCAGAAGCUACGUUGCAGCACCGCCAACUACAAUAGGCCAGUGCAACUUUGUCAAAAUGGCCACAAUGGGAUUUUAAAUCUCACCAAAAUCGGUGUUUCGGUAUCGGUUCCUGUGCCAGCCAAGCUCAAGAUCUGGAAUCUUGAUUUUCCAGAUUUGAUAGGGAACUCUAUUACAUCAGUGGUGCUCGCAGCACCACCAUGGUGGUUAAGCUGUUGGUAACGACUACCACUCCGGUGCGGGACACAAUUCGGAUCUCUUCAUUCUUCUAUUUCUUCCCAAUUUGUUUACUAUGUAAUUUUAUUUGUGAUGCUUUGAAUUAAUCUUUUAAACCAACUUGAUGUUUGAGUGGAUCUGUUUCCAUUUCUCAAUUUCUGUUUUGAUUUCUAUUUCAGUAGUGAGAUUGUUUUGAUGUUUGGGUGUUUUUGGGUGAAACAAAUAUUUGGGUCUACUUCGAAUAUUUUGUGUGUUAACAGAGGAAGAGAAAUAACUUUUGCUUUCUUUUGGUAGCUAUCCAUAUUCGAACAUUGUUGUGCUGCUUUGUUAGAAUGAGUAUUUUGCUUCCAAGCCUUUACAUUUUGUUGUGAUGAUGAUUUGGAAUUUGAACAUGUCGAACAUUUGUCUAUGAUGAUUUCUCUUGGUAUUUAAUUGACUGUGAUUGUUCUUGGUAUGCAAAUUUUGUUAAAUCCUUGCCAUGUGUUUGGUAAGCGACUGGGUUUUAGCUGUUGGAAAGUGCUUGCUUUUUGUUUGUUUUCAUUUAUGUGAGAAAAAGUUUUGGUUUAUGAAUUUUAGCUCACUAGUGGCUUUUCAUUGAAUCUUGGACACCUUAAGAAUGAAAUUUUUUUCUAUGAUUUUGUUUUAGUGAAGAAUAUAUGAUUCAAGCAGUGGAGUUGGUUAAAAUUUUGAUUUUGUUGCUUUAUUCUUGUUUGGUUACUGAGAAAGUGAAAGAAAAUUGAGGAGAAUUACAGCUUUCCAAAUCUGCCUAUUUUAUUGUUUCUUUAAAGUGUUUGUUGAUCGAAGCCCUAGCCAUGUUGGUCGAGGUUUCCAGAAACCACCACCACCAAUCCCUAGCCCAU